GUACUAGAGCCCGGGUACUAGUCAAGAGUCUCAUCCAUCCCAUCCCCAGGCCACACCCCUCACCUUCCGGACAGACGCUCUAUUUUUGCCUUUAAUUUUAAGCUCCAAGAUACCUUACAAUUUGGACAUUGACCUGCAUGUAAACAACGAAGUCCGAUGCGAUGGGGAAUUGAUCAAUUGUUGAUUUCGGGGACAGUGCUUGGCUAGACGUAUACCCUGGAUAUCCAGAUAAAGACGUGAUAGUAUAUUGCUAAAUCAUGCUUGGAAAAAUGGCGUUCCGUUCUAUAGGAAGACUGCAGACCGUCGUUGGCCAUUUCAAACUUGGGCAGCAGACGUCGACUAGCGGACAGCUCGUUGCAAGGCCCGCCGCAGCUAUGCCGUCGCGCAACCAGUCAACAAUACCCCUCGUUACAGCAGAUGAGUGGUGGGGAAAGUGCAAGAAAGUCGACGUUUUAGGGGAAAAGAUGUCAUAUUAUGAUUCGGAUCCCCAAAAUAGCAACAGCAAGCAUGCAGUAGUCUUCCUUCAUGGCAACCCGACGUCUUCAUAUUUGUGGAGAAAUGUUAUACCUCGCGUGGAACCCAUCGCUCGAUGUCUUGCUCCAGAUCUUAUUGGUCAGGGACGUUCGAACAAGCUCGCCAACCAUUCCUACCGUUUUGUCGAUCACUACCGUUAUCUAUCUGCUUGGUUUGAUUCUGUCAACCUACCAGAAAAGGUUAGCAUAGUAUGUCAUGACUGGGGCUCUGGACUAGGAUUCCAUUGGUGUAACGAGCACAGAGAAAGAGUUGAAGGUCUAGUCCAUAUGGAGAGUGUGGUGGGCCCUGUCCCGGGAUGGGAUCUAUUCCCAGAUAUCGCCCGCGACUUCUUCCAGACUCUGCGCUCAGAGGCUGGUGACGACUUGGUGCUGCAAAAGAACUACUUUGUGGAGCUUCUCCUACCCAGGGCUAUCAUGCGCGAGCUACGUCCCGAGGAGAUGGACGCAUACCGCGAGCCGUUCAAGAACCCUGGUGAAGAUCGGCGCCCCACCCUCACCUGGCCACGACAGAUCCCAAUCAUGGGCGAUGGCCCGGAUGAUGUGAUUGAGAUUGCUAAAGCGUACAACUCCUGGCUCAGGGAGUCUGCCGAUUUGCCCAAGCUCUACAUCAGCGCAGUUCCAGGAUUCUUUAGCGAAGGGAUCAAGAAGGGAACUGCUAAAUGGCCAAACCAAAAGACUGUUGAAGCUGAGGGUUUGCAUUUUCUUCAAGAGGAUUCACCUAUCCAGAUCGGUGAUCAUGUCAAAGAUUUCUUGUCUAGUAUUUACAAGUGAAAGUCCAUUCUUGGAAGUUCUAAAUUUCUAAAACUAUCUUCAAAAUAUUAAUUGCCUGUAUUCUGACUUUGCUUUAUGAUAUAAACUUUCAUACAAUUAUGGAUCAUUCAUGUACCACGAGAAAUUGGAUAUUAUUUAUUCAUUUACUGUUUCAAAAUUAGAACUUUUAUUUCAAUGAUUCAAUCAUCUUGAUUUGUUUCAGAGUACCUUCAAGUCCAUGUGUAUAAACUUGGAGACUGAUAGGAAUUUAUUAUCUUCUAUAAUUAGCAUAUGGUUUACCUUCCUUUGAAAGCCAAGCACUGCAGAUACAAGAAACCUGUACAUGGUCAGCUUUGCAUGACUACAUACAUUUUUGUAUUCAUUUUUGCAGCUGAUAAUCUUUGUCUGUAAUUAGAGGAUUUCAAAGCAGAUUUUCUUUCAUAAAAUAUAUGUAAUUGUGAAUGUGAGUCUUAUUGUUCACCUAUUAGGAUUCUAACACAAAAGACUUUAGAAAUAUUUUUUUUCCAAUAUCACCUUGUUAGAAUAUAAAAUCAUUUGAGUAUAUCUUUUAUGAAUGUGCAGAUUAUUGUUUGCCCAUUCACCAUUCCUUUUAAUAGCAAAGUUUGGAAAGUCAGAACAGAGAAAGAUGUGAAUUAGGUUGUAAAUCCCACUCUCGGGGCAAGGUGACCAAUACUUCCAGAAACACUUUCCAGUUGAAAAAAAAAGUAUACAAGCUGACAAAAUCCUAAAUGAGAGGGGAUAUAAUUAUAUAUUCACUCUCUCUGUUGUUUAUAUGCAUGCGCUAUUUGUAAUUUGGGGAAGAAAUUAAAUUACUUCUUUUUUUUCUUUGUAAAAACAAACUUGACUGGAUACAAGCAGGAUAUUGUCUUGUGUUCCAUUUUUCAAAUGAUUUAAAUCAGAAACAUUUUGUUCUGAAAAAAAAAAACAUUUUAACUUGUAUCUAUUUUGUCCUAUUCUAUUAUUUUGUAUAGAAAAUAUGGAUCUAUUGAAUCAGAUUGCCAUUAAAAUGCUUUUUAAAUAAAUGUGAUUAUGUAAAUGUGAUAAUUAUGAUUAACCUGUGCUUUUUCUUUCCUGUAUUGCUUUAUUUCUUUUAAGAUCAAUGAUAUGGUAACCCCCCCCUUUUUUUUAUAGAAAGCCCAUCAGCCUUUAUCAAAGAAAUACAAAACCCCAAUUAGCCUAGGAUUCCAUGUUGUGUAAUUUACAACAGUUAAUUGAUUUAAUAUUGUACAGUUAGUUUAGAAAUAAAUAGGUUAUUAGCUCUCAGCACUUGACCUUUACCCUUGGAAAAUAAACACUUAAAAUUUGUAUUGAGUUGGUACGCUAAAGAUUACUUAUCUUUUAAUUCGUGUUAGACACAGGAAAAGAUUGUAUUUUGAAAUAUAUCAUGAGAUAAUUAUUCAAAACCGAGAGUAUUUGCCAGUGAAGUUGGUGUCCGUUAUUGAUUUGUAUACAUGUACCUUCUUGCUUCUAAGCUAUUUUAUUCUUACUUAAUACUUUCCCCACAUCUCAAGUGCAUAGGGGCAUGCAAUCUGUGUAAUGCACUAUAAAAGAAUAAAGGCUUAUGAUUUAUUACUGUUUUUAUUAUCACCAUCAUCAUCAU